AUGGUGAUCAUCAGCGCGUCGUCGCUGUGCUUUUAUUUUGAAAGCGUCGCUGCCACGUCCACUGCUGUCAUUUAACAGCGCCAAACAUCGCGUUUGCUGUACCGGACCGUUGUGUAGCCACUCGCGAACACGGUUUCAUUGUUUAUAAACGUGUGUUCGACAGGAAUGAUGAAGUAACACUCGAGCGAAUCUGUCGUGUGUGUUGUAGAUGAAGUUGUGUCCCGCUUCACGCGCGUGUUGAUGUAAACAUGGAUCGGCCGGACGCCACGUUCACGCUGGCGUAUAUGGUGUUCGCGCUGUGUUUUGUUUUCACGCCGAACGAGUUCCGAACGGCCGGUUUCACGGUGCAGCACCUGUUCUCGGAGUGGCUGGGCAGCGAAGACAUCAGCUUCAUCCAGCACCACAUCCGGAGGAGCACACUCACCCUGCUGCUGCACUGCUGCCUGCCGCUCGGAUACUACAUAGGAAUGUGUUUCGCUGCUCCAGAGCAGAAUCUGAUGUACGUUCAUCAGGCGAGUCAGGGGUGGCAGAUGUACUUCGGCUUUUCUCUGGCCGUCCAGCUGGUGAGUUGUGCGCUGGCGUUCUACUGGUCCAGACGCGGCUGGGCGAAUCACCCCAUCUGUAGGGCUCUCGGCGCGCACGCGUUACCGCAGUCCAGCUGGAGAGCCGUGGCCUCCUCCAUCAACACAGAGUUUCGGCGCAUCGAUAAAUUUGCUUCGGGCUGUCCGAGCGCGAGAGUGAUCGUCACCGACACCUGGGUGAUGAAGGUCAGCACGUACUCGCUGCACGUGGCCCUGCACCAGGACUGUCAUCUGACCGUCACGGACUCCAGACAGCACAGCCUGUCGCCCGAGCUCAACGCGCCGGUGCAGAUCCUCACCAUCACCGUAGCCAGCAUCAACCCCAGAGUCCAGCCCUUCGACAUCAGGCUGAAAUCCACCGAGUACGUGGAGCUGCAGGAGAAACUGCACGCGCCCAUCAGGAACGCCGCCAAUGUGGUCAUCCAUCUGACGAUGAGCGAGCUCUUCCUGGAGACCUUCAAGACGUACGUGAGGAUGAAUGCGGUUUACAAGUGUCCGAGUGGACAGGAGCUGGAGCCGUGUAUCGGCUGUAUGCAGGCCAGCGCCAGCGUGAAGCUGCUGCGUCUGUGUCAGGCCGACGGUGAGGGUGAAUGUCAGCAGUGCUACUGCCGGCCCAUGUGGUGUCUCACCUGUAUGGGUAAAUGGUUUGCCAGUCGACAGGACCAGCAGCAGCCGGAGACGUGGCUGAGCAGCAGGGUCCCGUGUCCCACCUGCAGGGCCAAGUUCUGCAUUUUAGAUGUUUGCUCCGUUGAAUGAGGAGAUCAGUCUGAAGCUGGUGUUUCUCAGCACGUCUGUGUGCUUUCAAAACCUCUGUGCCUCUCAAACUACAAACAUGACAGAAAAUGAAGCCCAUCGAGAUCUUGUACAGGACAUAUUUCACCCCAAACUGAGCGGAAACAAAUUAUAUUUUGCUUAAGCUUAUGAAACUACUGUAUCACAUUUGAUUUGAAUUACUGAAGCUCUGAAUGAUCAAAAUUUGCUGUUUCACUCAAUCUACUCCAUGCCUUCUGUCUCUGAUUGAUAGUUUUGAGUUUUUAAUUAAGUCAAAGCUCAUUUAGUCUGAUUGCGCAAUCGUCCACCUUCAGCUGGUACUUCACGUGUCUUUUUGCUGUCAAGUCUUGACUGAUUUUUAUCAAGUAAACGUCUGAAUGACUGUAGUCACGUUUCCAGAUGAACACUUACUGAACUGAAGCAGCUCGGCUUUACUUGAUUCUCCAUGAAUCAUUUUGUAGGAAAAUCAGUAAGUCUCAAAUCUGAUCAUCAGGAUCUUUUAAGGAAUGUUUGUUUCCAGAAGCUUUACUUUCACUGUUCCUCAGUGGACGAAUGAUCUUCCCAAGCCUCCAAAACAUCGCGCAUCUUUUGAGGAACGUUUAUUUGUUCAUCUCUCAAUCAGCAUUGAAUUGCAUUGCAUAUUACUGGAGAUCUGAUAUUUAGAUCAUUUUAUGUCAGUAUUCUGCUAUACUGUUAUAAAGAUCCCACUGAUUUACAUUACAAACAUCAGAAUUUCGUUAUAUAAAUAUCAGCAUCUGCACCAAAUUGCAUAUUUUUGCUCCGUUUCAGUCUCUGAAUAAAAUUGAGCUGUUUUUUUUUCAAAAACCCAAUGGAGCAAAUAGGAUAUUCAACAAAAACACAUUAUGCAAACUUUUCUUUGUUUAUCUUUUUCUAGGGAUGUGAAAAUUCAAUAAACUGUUCCAUAAAAAAAGUUUAUUUG